GACCACGAUGAGCGCGCCGUCGUCGACGUUCUGGCAGGACCUUGGACGUCCGAUAUACGUGGCAUCGCCGAUGGUCGACCAGUCCGAGUACGCGUUCCGGCAGCUCUGCCGCCAGUACGGAGCGCAGCUGUGCUACACGCCGAUGCUACACGCCAAGGUCUUCCUCUCGGACACGACGUACCAAGCCCAGCGGCUCGACAUCAUGGCCGACGAAGGUCCUACGAUCGUCCAGUUUGCUGGCGACAACCCCAAGAUACUGCUAGCUGCCGCCAAAGUCGUCGAGGGCUGUGCAACCGCUGUCGACCUCAACUUGGGUUGCCCGCAACCCAUUGCGCGCAAGGGCCAUUACGGCUCGUACCUUCUGCGCGAGGCAAACACGAUUGUCGACAUUCUCCAGUGCUGGACUCAGAACUUGUCAAUUCCCGCCACGUGCAAGAUCCGUAUCAUCGAUGAAGGCAGCGCGGACCCUACGAACCGUGGUCUCCAAGCCACGUUGCGGCUCGUGGAUCAGAUCGAAGCUGCCGGUGCCGCUGCAAUUACAGUACACGGACGCAACCGCGUCAUGAGCGGCAAGAAAAUGGGGCGUGCUGACUGGGCGGCGAUCGCGGCUAUCAAAGCGCGCGUCUCGAUCCCGGUCGUCGCCAACGGCAACAUUGAAACGUUCGAUGACGUGGCAGCGUGUAGGGCCGCGACGGGUGCCGACGCGGUCAUGUCGGCGGAGGCGCUUCUCGAGAACCCAGCGCUCUUUAGCGGCCGGGACGUGAGUCCGUUUCAGCUCGCACGCGAGUACUUGGGCCUGGCGACCGCGUCGCCCCUCGUGGGCGUCAAUUUUCACCGGACCGAGAAGGCCCAUGUGGUUCGCAUGCUGCAUGCACCCAUGCGUCAGCUCGCCCGGGCGUCCGUCAUGGAUGCCACCGCGCUCUUGGCCGCAACGCAGUCACUUCCCGAGCUCAUGGACGCUGUCGCAACCAUCGAGACGGCGGCCGAAACGUUGUCGAUACCGCACGUGCGAGGCGCGGACGCGUGGUACCGGCGGCACCGUGUCGAUGCCGAUAACAACGCGAGUCGGUCGGCACGCAAAGACAUCCAGCGGCAAUGGCUUGCCGGUGGCUUGCGACUCACCCGAUGACUAAUGAAGAAUUCCAUGUACUUUGACGCGUCA